CUUUUCUUAUCUUCCUUUUUUUUUUCUUUGUUAAUUCUGUCUUGUUGAAUGAGGACAGUGACUCUUUACUGCAUCAGCGUACUGCUGUGCAUGUCAAACCUACUAUUGGUGAGAGCGCAAUGUCCCUUCCACGUUAAAAGAGAUUUGGUCCGCAGAGAAGGCGACAAUACUCCGAAGCAAGAUCAGUUGGAUGAAUUUGGUGUCACCGAUGCCGGCACGCAAGAGACUACCAACUUUGGUGUCAAAAUCAACAACACCGAUAGCUUGAAGGUCGGCCUCCGUGGCCCUACUCUCAUGGAAGAUUUCAUGCUGCGCGAAAAGAUUAUGCACUUUGAUCACGAACGUAUUCCUGAACGCGUGGUGCAUGCAAGAGGCGUGGGAGCCCACGGUUAUUUUGAGCCUUACAAAGAUUGGUCAGACCUCACUGCAGCCAGAUUUCUGCGCACACCUGGUAAAAGGACAUCAGUAUUUGUUCGAUUCUCCACCGUGUUGGGAUCCCGAGGUUCAGCAGACACUGUGCGGGAUGUUCGUGGAUUCGCUACACGCUUCUAUACAGAAGAAGGUAUAUUCGAUCUCGUAGGCAACGCCAUUGCUCCCUUUUUCGUACAAGAUGCGAUCAAGUUUCCUGAUUUGAUUCAUGCGGCCAAGCCGGAGCCAGAUACAGAGGUACCUCAAGCAGCUACCGCCCACGAUACAGCUUACGAUUUCUUCUCCGUCCUCCCAGAGACUCUUCAUACUCUUCUAUGGGCGCUUUCGGGUCGUGGUAUCCCUCGCAGCUUCCGUCAAGUGGAAGGCUUUGGAGUACAUACCUUCCGUCUGAUCAACGAAAAUGGCAACUUUGUUUUUGUCAAGUUUAUUUGGAAACCAAAGCAAGGUUUGUCAAACCUUGUAUGGGACGAGGCUCAAAAAAUUGCUGGCAAAGAUAGCGAUUUCCAUCGCAAUGAUUUGUAUACAGCCAUCAGUCGCGGUGAUUAUCCCGAAUGGGAGUUGGGUGUCCAAAUUGUUCCAGAACAAGAUCAGCACAAAUUCGACUUUGACCUGCUCGACGCUACGAAGAUUAUCCCCGAGUCACUUGUCCCCUUCACGCCCCUUGGAAAAAUGGUACUGAACCGCAAUGUCGACAAUUUCUUUGCUGAAACCGAACAAAUUACAUUCCAUCCUGGUCACAUCGUUCGAGGUAUCGGAUUUACCAAUGAUCCGUUGUUGCAAGGAAGAUUGUUCAGUUAUUUGGAUACGCAGCUUAACCGUAUGAGCAGUGCCAACUUUAUGCAGCUUCCUAUCAAUCGCCCCAUCAACCCUGUGCACAACAAUCAACGAGAUGGGUUUAUGCAGCAUGCUAUUCACGAAGGCAAGGUGGCAUAUUAUCCUAAUGGCCUUCAGGGAAAUACGCCCUCCGUGGUCGAUGGUCAGGACGGCGGUUACAUUGAAUUUCCAGAGCAGGUGGAAGGCCGCAAAAUGAGGGGCCGUGUCGACAAAUUCUUUGACUUUUAUUCACAACCUCAGCUGUUCUGGAACUCGUUGACGGAAGCAGAACAACAGCAAUUGGUUAAUGGCGCACGUUUCGAAAUUGGCAAAGUCAAGUCGCUGGAUGUACGCAAAAGAAUGAUCCACACCUUGAACCAUGUCGAUAACAGCCUUGCUCGGCGUGUGGCUAUCGCUGUUGGUGUCCAACCUCCCGAUGCCAUUGUCGUGAAUCAAAAUCGCACCACUGUAGGACUAUCGAUCGAACGAUAUCCUAAACCUGAUAACAUCCGCACACGUACCGUCGCCAUUCUCACGGCUCCGGGAACUAACAUUGGGGAAGCCGAGGAGAUGUUCAACUACUUGGAAGAACAAGGCGCGUACCCCGAAUACAUAGGCUUGACAUUGGGAGUGCACAAUGGAUUGAAUGUUACCAACACCUAUAUGACUUCAUCCUCCGUGCUUUUUGAUGCUGUUUACGUUCCGGGCGGACAGGAAGCCAUGUCCAUCCUCAUGGAUAAUCUCAGCAUCUUUCCCUACGAAGAACCGGUGAUGUUUGUACUCGACGCUUAUCGACACGGCAAACCCAUCGCUGUUUCCAGUGAAGGUUCUCAACUUCUCGCCGCGGCUAAGAUCAACUUAUCGAAUCCUGCUGAGCAAGACGGUGUCCUUAUCGGCGACGACAUGCCGGCGUUACAAGAGCAAUUUAGACAAGCUCUCAUUGAGCAACGAUUUUGGUCGCGAUUGCCCUUGGAUCCUCCACAAUAAUGCUCCGCUCCUUUCAUUCUAAAUAAGUAGUAUAAUCUUCGCAUCUAAGCUGGGGUGAAGAUAUUAUUCAUCGUAAGAGCAGAUGCACAUCCGCC